AUGAGCAAUGCUUCGCGCUUCCAAACUGUCCAGAGGAAUGUGGUGCAUGUCAUUGGCCUCACCACCAAUGUGGCGAAGGCAGAAGUUCUGAAGUGUCCCGAGUACUUUGGCCAGUACGGGAAACUGCUGCGGGUGACGGUCAGCAAGCUGCCCGUCCAGUCAAAGUCUCACAAUGGCGAGAAGAGCAUCCCGGUCUAUAGCGCGUACCUGACGUUCGAGAAACCAGAGGAGGCAUCUGUCGCAAUACAGGCCGUAGAUGGAUUUGCCGUCGAUGGGCACACGCUUCGGGCAAAUUUCGGCACCACCAAGUACUGCCGCAAAUUUCUCGAGGGCGAGAGAUGCGAGCGCAAGGACUGCAACUUCUUGCAUAAGCUCGCGGAUGAAUCGAACGAGAAGGGCAACUGGAAAGGUGGCAAAGAUGGCCGAGAUGGGAAAGGUGGUAAGGACGGAAAGUGUCACGGCCUCGGCGACAGCUGGACGGCAGGGUACUCGUCGUGGAAUGGCAAGGAAAGCUACCAGAAAGCGGAAUGGGCGGAGGACUGUCAUCAGACAGCAGCCAGCUUCACAGGUCGCAUCGACCUUCUUUUUUCAGGAUGGGAAGGGGAAGGACAGCAGGGGAAAGGACUACAAAGGCAGGUUGGAGCCACGGGAACUACUACAGAGACUGGAGGGAAGACAAGGCCGGGACUGGCUGGGCCGCCGGCCAGCGUCGCAGCAAACAUGUCGUGGACUUGCCAGGGCCACCGAAAAGAUGGGGGAAAGGGUCGGUGGAAGGACUGGGGAAAAGAAGGCAAGCACGGCAAAGACUUCAAGGCAGGGAACUGUUGGAGUCUUGGGGAUACAUUGGCAUUGGACUGUGUGUAUGAGCAGGGCAGAGGCAAAUCUUCGAAGGAAUGGUGGAACGGCUGGUACCAGCACGACUGGGGAGGCUUGGCUGGAAGUCGUUGGAGCCGUACAGGAGCGGAUGCGGGCUACGGCAAUUACGGGGACGAGCCUGAGGCCACGUAUACGCGUAUGCACAGACACUUCGCAGCUAGUGCCAUGCAAGGACCCAGCAGCUCCAGAAGCUGA